AUGUACACGAACGCGAAAAUCCACCUGAUCGAGUGUGGCACUUGGACAUUAAACACCCAUAUUGCUCUUCAACCGGAUGAUGAGAUUUUCAAUUACACAAAUGAGAGAUAUAAGAAUUUGACAGGAAGGGAUGUGAUUGGGACGGGAUCUUUGGCCCAAGCAUUUGAGGGCGUCUCAAACCGCGUCAUCAUUCGUUCCUAUAUCGGCAUGAUGGUUUUUUCUGUAAUUCUCUCUUUCAAUUGGGCUUCUAUCAUCUAUUGUGGAUGGUCGUUAAAUAAGGCUCUUUCUGGAAGUGGGAAAAGCACAAAGACGCGAAAUAUGCAGAAAGAGCUGUUCAAGGCAUUGAUCUUUCAGCUAAUCGUCCCGUUGAUCUCCGUCUACUCGCCAAUGUCUUUCUUUUUCAUGUCAGCUAUUGUUGGAUUCGAGAAAUGGAAUACAGAGGUUAUUUGCAUCAUGUUGAUGUUGGAUCCGAUUCUCGAGCCACUUGUCAUCAUGUACUUUAUUAAGUGCUACAGACGCCCACUCGUCCGUUUCAUUUGUUGUGGAAAGCGGCAAAUCUUCGGCUUCAGGACAACACUUUCGAACCCACCCCGAUACAAUGCUGACGAUGAUGGGGGUGGUGGUGGUGGAAAUAACCGACAAAUUGGACCACAAAUCGCAUCAUCGACUCAAGGACAAACCAUUCAAGAAAGCUUCCAAUAU